AAUAAUAAUAAUAAUAAUAAUAAUAAUAAUAAUAAUAAUAAUAAUAAUAAUAAUAAUAAUAAUAAUAAUAAUAAUAAUAAUAAUAAUAAUAAUAAUAAUAAUAAUAAUAAUAAUAAUAAUAAUAAUAAUAAUAAUAAUAAUAAUAAUAAUAAUAAUAAUAAUAAUAAUAAUAAUAAUAAUAAUAAUAAUAAUAAUAAUAAUAAUAAUAAUAAUAAUAAUAAUAAUAAUAAUAAUAAUAAUAAUAAUAAUAAUAAUAAUAAUAAUAAUAAUAAUAAUAAUAAUAAUAAUAAUAAUAAUAAUAAUAAUAAUAAUAAUAAUAAUAAUAAUAAUAAUAAUAAUAAUAAUAAUAAUAAUAAUAAUAAUAAUAAUAAUAAUAAUAAUAAUAAUAAUAAUAAUAAUAAUAAUAAUAAUAAUAAUAAUAAUAAUAAUAAUAAUAAUAAUAAUAAUAAUAAUAAUAAUAAUAAUAAUAAUAAUAAUAAUAAUAAUAAUAAUAAUAAUAAUAAUAAUACUAAUAAUAAUAAUAAUAAUAAUAAUAAUAAUAAUAAUAAUAAUAAUAAUAAUAAUAAUAAUAAUAAUAAUAAUAAUAAUAAUAAUAAUAAUAAUAAUAAUAAUAAUAAUAAUAAUAAUAAUAAUAAUAAUAAUAAUAAUAAUAAUAAUAAUAAUAAUAAUAAUAAUAAUAAUAAUAAUAAUAAUAAUAAUAAUAAUAAUAAUAAUAAUAAUAAUAAUAAUAAUAAUAAUAAUAAUAAUAAUAAUAAUAAUAAUAAUAAUAAUAAUAAUAAUAAUAAUAAUAAUAAUAAUAAUAAUAAUAAUAAUAAUAAUAAUAAUAAUAAUAAUAAU